AUGAGCAACCAACCAUGGCUGGACAGUCUGUCCGAUGACUGGCCGUCAAUGCCAGCGUCACCCACCAGUCCGUCUACCCAACCUAUGUCGUCUCCCAAAGCUCCAUGCAGUCAGCAGGGGACACCUAGUCGCAUUCCAGUGCCUGCUCGGCGCUCCGAACAAUCACCCGGGGACAAGUCAAAGGACAAGAAGGUUACCCGCCCAUGCCACUUUCACCGAAAAACACCUCCCACUCCAAAGACCCCACGGACGCCCAAGACUCGCAAACCUCGAUCGCCCUUACCUUCCCAUUCACACUCGCAUACGCCAAAGACGAGCUCAAAGGCUAGCCCCAGGCCGAGUCCCGGCGCGGGACGUAAACAGUCCGCAAUGGAUACGCGCUCCCCGCUACGAUCGGUGUCAAAUGUCUCCAACACGUCAAAUCAGUCGGAAUUACAGGGUACGGUGCAAAUAAAUACAAAGAAGAGCAAGGAUACGAAAGAAGGUACGCCAGAAUGGCGACGGCGACUAGUGCGCGGGGAAAUCGCUCCUGGUGAGCACAAGGAUUUAUUCGCGCCCAUGGGCCUGGAAAGCGUGUUCAAACCGCCCACGCCCGGCGCGGCGCAAGACGAAUCCACGCCAUUCACCAAACAAGACGAUCAACUAUGGGAUUUCACCGAUACAUCUUCGCGACAGGACAGAGAGGGCCAGAGCACCCGCGAGGACGAUACACAACGCGCCAAUGAGAUAAUUGACGGCAUAACAUACGAGGAGACCCCGCAAGGUACGGUAAAUCACGCGCCUUGGGGAAACAACGGUCCCCGGGAAGGAGAGUGGGAUCCAGAAGGAUUCUCGCAGCCGGACGAUACCCAGCAACGGACUGCGAGUGGGUUGGAGGACUUGCGCAACGAGGGGAUCACGCCUAUUACCUUCACGCGAAACAACACCGUCGAUGGCAAUGCAACCUCCGAAGUGAUCAAAUCCGCGCUGAAGCAGGUCACCAAUAAGCUGGAAGGACUGUCAAUUCAAAACGACAGCCGGGCCGAUUCGCCGGCCAGUGACAGUUUGCUUUUCGAGAACCAUAGCGAGCCUCAUCUCAAUGAAUCUCGUGAUGACAGCCUGCUCGACGUGACCAGCCACUCUUUACCCCAAGAUCUGUCGAUGGGCACGGUGGACUUCAACAGCCGCCGGGGAAAUCGCUCCUUCCCUCGCAGGUUCUCCCCUUCGCCCUUUCCUUCGCAUCGCCUUUCCCCCACAACUCUCGCCAACUCAAAAAUCCGCAGCUCUCCCUUGUUCAACCCACCCAACAGAGCUGGCUCCCCUGGCCUGCCACGCCCUUCCUCUUCUCACGUCCGUCCAUCAACGGCCGGCACGGAAGGAAAUGAUUCGAAAAUGCCGUCUUCUGGCAGCCCAUUGAAGUUGUUUGGGGACCAUGACACAUUUACCAACAACAGACUUUUACGACGGAUGAGUCAAUUUGAGGACAAUUACAGUGAUGGCUCUGAAGAGGAGGGGCCCCCUUCACCCUCCGAAGAAGCGCGGAGGAAAGGCGAGAGUCGCAGCUUUUUGAGUGCGCGACACGAACCACUGCGCGAGAUUUCACCCAGACGAAACGAACGCGUCGGAUCUCGCGACAAUGGCCACCGGAUAAGCCAAUUCGGUGGUGGAGAGUUGGACAAGUUCGAUUUCUCCGACAACAGCCCUUACGAACACAAGCUUGUUUAUGAUGAGGCCGCAGGAUUCGGAUCGCGACCAACCUCGCGUAAACGGUCAUCGACGCGCCAACAGUAUCUUCGCGGGCCCUCCCAGCAGGGUGUAUACCAUUAUAGCAGAUCGGCUAGCUCAGGGUUCACUCGGAAGCCGUCUGCAUGGAUGCGCCAAGAUUUCUUCGAUGAUGUGCGACCUGGGUCUCGCCCAAGCAACAAGGAAAACGUGGCUCCUGAUGUCAAGCGAGUUCCACGAGCUCCGGGUCUGGACCCUACUCCCAAGCGGCGCCGAACCAUCAUGAGGAAGAAUAGCGCGGAGCCUAGCCAUAAUACCAACGGUGAUUCACCUCCAAAAUACGGUGAAAGCAUGUCAUUGUUGCAAAGAAGCUUGAUGCAACAUGGCAUGCAGCUUGAAAACACCGAGUAUCUCGCCCCACCGAGCAUAUCCCACUCGAUGCAGCGGCCGCGGACGCCCACGCCAAGUCAGAUACGAGCAGCCGAGCAAAGUCGCAUCUCAUCUUAUAGAGACUUCUCGGAGCCGAACUUCCAUGAUAACGACUACUCUGAUUCAUUCUCGUUCGAUGGCGAAGGCAUUGUCCCCCUUGUGAAAAUUACUGGCACCAGUGAUACCUCCCGGAAAGGAUCUAUCACUACUCAGGACUAUUUGAACGAGGCCACCAAAAUAAUGGAUCUGAUCAGAUCAAAAGGAAGAGGCGCCACAGGGUUGACCAGUGUGCAUGAGUCUGACGUGGAAAGCGAAGGUGAUGAUCUCAGUUAUGAUGAUGAAUCUACCCGAGAAGCAUUCUCUCGACCCCCGAGCCGAGAUGGAACAGAUCUCCGCAAGCUGAGGGAAGUCAAAGAGUUGAACCCACAGAUCCUGAAUCAUCUGAAAAAAUACCAGGAGCAAGAUGACCCUAAUGACCGAGAGAUGUCGCUGCACGCUCAGCAUGACCAGACCGAGGAUCGUUCCGAGCUUGAUGACUACAAUUCACAAAACAUCCGGAUCCAAGGACCAAGGAAGCGCAAGACUAGCGGAAUGGCCGAUGACACGGCGGAAAACAUCGCUCAGGAUCUGAUGACCAUCAACACUCAAAUGUCUGGUUUCAGCAUCAACUCCGUCCCAACAGGGUCUUCGCAGAGCUCUGGAGUCAAAGGGAUGUUGGCAUCUGAUCUGGUUUCACACUUGAUACCUAACGAGGUCAAUGGCUUCAAGUAUGACCGUGAAAGAAAUCAAUGGGUCAAAGAUGACAUGGAAGAACCAGAAGCACCGGUCUCCGAAUCCUCCGAGGAGAACGAAGAUCCAUUCAGAGACAUUCCUGAUCUCAGUGUGGAUGAGCUACAAGAGAUGAUGAGGGUGCAUAGCCAGGAUUCUCCAUCCAAGGGUGAUACCUCGGCUAACCCGGAAUUCAAGUCACGUCUAUCCUCCGCCAUGAGCACGUCUCCACGGAAGCCUGACGUUCGACCUCACACAAGAGACGGAGUGCCUUCCAUCAGUACUAGCUCAAUCCAUUCGCGGCUGACUCGCUUCACCUCAAGUGUUCCCAACACAGGAACAAGAGCUUCUUCAUGGGACACAGACGAAUAUCCCCAGCGGAAACGAUCCGCCGAACAGGAUGACCCGGCCUCCGCCUCGGCCCCGAGCCAGGAGCCGCCGGAGCCCAAACCGCUUCAAUCCCAAAGGAAGCAAGCUCGCGUCUCCACCGUCAAUCUUUCAUCAUCGCAUGGCUCCCGCCAAUCUCCCACGUCUGGACAGGAUGGCUCUCCACCUGGUACAAAUGAUGAACAUGUCUACCAUGGAAUUCCAAGUGAAGAUGCAGGCCAAGCAAGUCACGAAAGUGGUACUGUCAGAUCUUCUGUCCCUCCCACUGGACGUCAAAGCUCGGUUGCUGGACAACCGUUCAUUGGACGUCCUAUAUCAAGAAUAGAGGAAAGAAGUGAGGAGACACUCGAGGAACAGAGUAUCGUUCGCAGAAAUAACUCGCUGCAUGUUCAAGAAACACCCGCCAAAAAUGAAUCUGAUCAUCACUUGAUGCCCGUGAACAGCGCUGGGCCCGACACCAGCUACAGCUUCCAUCUCAGCCCACUUGCAGACUUUACUGUCAACCAGGGCGACCGACCUUUGAACCUUGAGAUGAGCUAUGUGGCCCAGCGCACGAAUCCCUCUUCCUUACGACAAGUGCAUGGGGCUUUCGCCUUGGCGACAGAAGAUUUGAUCAAGCACAUCACGGACGUGGAACCAUAUGAGCCCUACUGGGAACAUUUGCGUCGCCUAGACUUACGCGGCAAGGGUCUCAUUACAUUACACAAGCUGGACGAGUUCUGUCCUCGACUUGAAGACUUGGAUGUCUCUGACAAUGAUAUUGGUCAAUUGAGUGGAAUUCCCUCGACCUUGAGAACACUCAAGAUCUCCCGAAACUGCCUCUCGAAUUUGACUCCUUGGAGUCAUUUACCAAAUCUGCAAUACCUGGACGUUUCAGGGAACGACAUUGAGACAAUGGACGGGUUCUCCUGUCUGAUACACCUCAGAGAGCUGAAAGCGAACGACAAUCAGAUCCGCAAUCUUGACGGCAUCCUGGAUCUGAAUGGAUUGCUCAGCUUGAAAUUGAGCAACAAUUCUCUGCCGACAGUAGACUUUGAAGGGUCCGAGCUGACUCGUCUUCGUGACCUUGAUUUGAGUCACAAUUGCUUGACAUCUGUUCGCAAUAUUGAAUGGCUUCCUUCGCUCGCCACCCUCGAUCUGAGUGCCAACCAGAUCACCCGCCUUGACUCUACUGCUUCGCUGAUUAGUCUGCGAGCCUUGAAGCUCUCUGAUAACCGCCUGGAUGUCUUUGACGCGCAGCCCUUCGCCUCUGUCAGUCUUCUCUACCUUGACCAAAAUCACCUUCCAUCCAUCACCGGUUUGGAGCAAUGUCACAAUCUUGAGAUUCUCUCUCUUCGAGAGCAGACACCAUCUCAAGACAAGGAUAUCAACUUUGGGUUAGAGGUUGACUUGGGACUUGUAAAAGACGUCCGCAAAGUGUUCCUGUCAUCCAACCGACUUUCACCACACAGCCUUUGCCCGUCUUCCCCACUACUUCGUCUUCAGCUCCUUGAUAUCGCUGCUUGCACACUGAAGAGUCUACCUGGUGACUUUGCCUUGAGCUUCCCCAAUCUCAAGACUGAUGAUCGUUGGAAACCGUCUCUCGCGGAUGAGAAGGGUCUGCCAAAUUCUCAGUCGACUUGGACGGACCGGCAGAGGCACCGCAUGCUCUUUGCGCAAACUCGACGUUCGCGGCAAUCCCCUGACAGUUGGCUUUUACCCCCAGCGAUUACUGGAAGUGGCAAUGUGGAUCGCAAAAAGUUGAAGUCCCAAGAACAAGCAGUUGUUCGACUCCGGGGCCAUCGUGAUCUGUCCGAUGCUUUGGCAGAACUUAAUACCGAUGAUCAGAUCUCUCAUCGUGCCACCCUAGGCGACGAGAGCCAACCCGACAGAGACAUUGAAAUCAAUGACCCCUUCAUGGUCCCACUUGCUGACCCCCAAGCGGACCUGAAGUACUUAAGGCACCUUGACCAAGCUACUAGGCUGCGUCGCAGAGUUCUCGAGCUCAUGCUAUACGCUGGAACCAGCGGGUCUCUUCACACCCUUGAUGGGUUGAAUCUCCGGCCCUCACUUGGUGACGAGUCUUCGGAUAUGAACAAAGCGUGGGAUCGACUGGAGCAUCUGGGAGUUCUCCGGAGGAAAGCGAUCAAAAAUUAA